AUGGCCAAUCGGUGGCGCUCAGCCGGCGGCAACCUCCGCGCGGUUCUGCAAAACCCUAGCCCGCGACAACAAGCUCCAUUUCAAUCCUUUUCGGCUCUGUAUCACACGAUCCAAGCCAUCCCGAGGGAGUGCACAGGGAACAGAGUCUCCGUCAAAGACCGAGCUCAGGGUCGAAUUCCAGCCGUCGUGUUCUCGCAGGAGCUAAACCCUAGCACCACCACCGUUCGAUCGGUCUCCAAAAAGCACUUGUUGACCACCGAGAGGAAGCAGAUUCAGGCCAUUCUCAAGUCAGUUGAGCUCCCCUUUUUCUGCUCCACUAGGUUCCCGCUCCAGAUCCGAGCUGGGUCCGGGUCAUCGGAUCUUCUUGAAUCCGGAAACGUCCUACCCAUCAAGGCAAUUACUCAUUUCUUCAUCCAUGCCUUUCUUAUUCACAGGGACGAAGAGAGUGGGAAGAUACUGAAUUUGGUGUUUGUUUGGGCGGAUGAGGGCUCGCAGCUGAAAGUGGAUGUCCCUGUUGUUUUCAAGGGUGAAGAUGUAUGCCCUGGUCUCAAAAAAGGUGGCCAUCUGAACAAAAUUAGAGCUACUCUAAAGUACCUUUGCCCAGCUGAACACAUUCCUCCCAAAAUUGAGGUGGAUGUCAGCAAGUUAGAUAUAGGUGAUAGGGUGUUCAUCCCUGAUGUUGAGGUUCAUCCAUCCAUGAAGCUUCUAAGUAAGAACGAAACCAUGCCCAUAUGUAAGAUAGUCGCAACAAAGUUGGAGAACCCAGAAUCUGCAGGAGUAUAG